GUAGUGGACAUUUCAAGUUUGAAGGUGUCGCUCCCAAAGACUGGUAAUUUCCCAGCAGCUGCGCAGCGGGAUUGGAGAAGAAGGAAGGGUUAUGUAGUCGAUAUUUGGUCUUGUGUACGUGUCCGCACUUGCCCUCUGUCAGCUUGGUACGCAAUACUCUGUUCGCAUAUCCAAGGCCUAGGAGACAAUGUCGCGUACCGACUGUCGUUAAAGACUUUCUCGAAUCCCUAUCUCCACAGCCAUAGGGCGGAUGGCUCAUCUUUUCUGCGACCUCCUGGUACAGAUGGUCCGGCGCUAACUCCCAUCAUAGCGCUUGAUCUUUCGACUAUGAACGCUAUCAAUCGAUACGAGCUCUACGUUCUGGAAGACGGAGAGAAAUUAUUGGAUGUCGCCGAGGAUACCAAGAUUCCCAACGCUGCAACUUUCACGAUUCUCAAGGAGGAUCAUACGCUGGCGAACAUGCUGCGAGCCCAACUACUCUCUGAGCCAUCUGUACUCUUCGCCGGCUACAAAGUUGCGCAUCCGUUGACUCCGCAAUUCAUCAUCAAGAUCCAGACAGACGGAACAGUAACACCGCAGACUGUCAUGGAGAAUGCAUGCACCAAAUUGAUUGCGACCAUCUCGUCGCUCGAAGCCAAAUUCAAGCGAGAAUUCUCAUUGAAAGAGGGUGAAUCGCAUGCAGGGGUCACCAUUGAAGAUCCUUAUGGGUCGAGUACUGUAACCGGGUGGGGAGGCAGCAACCGUCGGGAAUAUAUGGACUUUUAGUCAGUCUCAUUUAGUCUUCAUUCGCCGCAUUGUACAGUUUUUACGCCCAUUUACCCAAAAGAGCCAUCAC